AGUUUGAGGGUGGGGUUGUUGAGUUUAGGGAUAAGCUGCGUAAGUAUGCUAUAGAAAUUGGCUUUUCAUAUGAGUUUGUUAGAAAUGACAAGGUUCGUGUUAUUGCUCAGUGUUCUAAGAAACAUUCUCAAGGCUGCAAUUGGCUGGUGAAGGCUUAUUUAUGUAGGGCUAAUGGUUUCUUUAUGAUUAAAAGGUUGGUUAAUGUUCACACUUGUCAUGGUGUGAUUCGUUUGCAGAAGAGUAAGAUGAUGGGAUCCAAGGUUGUCAAGUCUAUUGUGCUUGAUAAGAUUCGUGCCAAUCCAAACAAAAAGCCAAUUGAUAUAGCUGAUGAGAUCAAGAGUGAUUAUGGUUUGGAUGUUGCUUAUCGUACAGUUUGGUAUGGUACGGAGUUGGCAAAAACAGCCCUACAUGGUGAUGAAGCUGAGUCUUAUGCUCAGCUACUUUGGUUCAGUGAGUCUGUUAUGAAGUCAAACCCCGACUCUAGGAUAGUGGUUGAGUUUCAUCGAGAAACACACAGGUUUCAGCGUAUGUUUGUGAGCUAUGGUGCAUGGAUGAAGGGUUUUCAAUCUUGUAGACCUAUUCUUUUCAUUGAUGCUACAUUCAUCACCAACAAGUACAAGGGGCAGAUUAUUGCUGCAUCGGCAAAGGAUGCCAAUCAAGGCUUGUAUCCAGUUGCUUAUGCUAUUGUGGAUUCUGAAAAUGAGAGUAAUUGGAGAUUUUUUCUUGAGGUUUUGGCUGAAGAGUUUGCAAAACACCCUAUGAGGAGGGUGACAUUCAUUUCUGAUCGUCAUGUUGGGCUUGUUAGUGCUUUCCCUAGAGUGUUUCCUAAUAAUCCACAUGGGUUUUGUUUUAGACACCUGAUGUCUAACCUUUCUGACAAAUUUCCAGCUGGAUCUUACCUCAAGGAUCGGAUUCCUUACUUGUUUAUGUGUUGUGCUUAUUCUCGCACACCGGAGAUGUAUGAGUUCAACAUGGAAAUCUUGAGGAGUGCAGGCGGUGACAUAGUUGCUCAAUUUCUGGAGGAUCUUCCCAAGGAGAACUGGUGUAUGGCUUACUUUAAUGGUGAAAGAUUUGGUGAAAUGACAAAUAACUUGGCUGAGUCUUUCAAUAAUUGGGUGUUGCCUUUGAAGAGUCUUCCUAUUCUUGAUAUUAAUGAUGGCAUUAGAGUGAAGUCCAUGGCUUCAAUUGCUGCUCGGAAGCAGGAUGCUCAUGAAUGGUUGUCUGAGUUGUGCCCAGUGAUUGAAAAGAAGCUGAAGGACAAUUUGGAAGUCGGAAGGCAUUGGAGAGUGAGCAGGUCUGAUACCUAUGUGUAUGAAGUUCACUGCCAGAAGUACAAUAGCAUGGUAAAUUUGGAAACUCGGUUUUGUUCGUGUGGAGAAUGGCAGCUGUAUGGCUUCCCAUGUUCCCAUGCACUUGUAGUGAUCCAACAACAUGGUUGUUCCCCGUAUUUGUAUGUCAAUGAGCUCCGCCUUUGA